AGAUAAAUAAAUAUACAGGUUUUGAAGGGUUUUAAGCAUAAUAAAUGAGCUUUUUAUAUGAAGAACGUAGGAGAAAAUCUAUGUCUAAUUCACCGUUUUCGAAUUCAUCAUUUACUCAAGAUUUAUGUAAUGAAUCACCAGAAUCUACAAGUUCAUUAAGAAGAUCAAGAAAUAAGUUGAAUAUAGGAGAGAUUAGGAAUUAUGAAUCAUCAAUAUCACCGGAAAUUUAUAGAGAUUGGCCUUCAGAGGGUAGAAAUAUGAGUAGAUAUGUUUCAGAGACAAAUCUACAUUCACCUCAUUUAUUUUCCCGUUCAAAGCUUCAAAAAAGGGCAAAUCAGGAGCCUCCUAUUGGAUUUUGGAGGCAUCCAUCACUAGAUAUUAUUUUUAAGAGGGUUAGAAAAGUGGGAGUUAAUGAGGAAACAAUUAAAAGAUUAAUUGCGAAUGUAUUAGCUAUUAUUAUUAUUCAAUGGGGGAAAAACUAUCUUAAUAAGAAAAAGUUUAUUGAGAUUUAUUUAAAAGAAUAUAAUAGCUUAAAAGUAUAUUUUAAAUAUUUAAAUAUAUUUAUUCAGGUUGUUUUACUUUAUAAUGUUAUUGAAGCAACACUGAGACUUGUUCGGCCAAAAGAUACAUUUUUAGAUCUUUCGUUAACACCGAUACAGAGAAAAUUAUUUGGACUUGAUCCUCAUGUAUUUCCAUCUUUUUCAUCAAAUAAUACAAUUACGCCACCAAGAUAUGUGAAGAGUUCACCACAGACCAGACAAUCUCCACGUCCUUCUCCACAACAGGUGACGCCAUAUAAUGGAAGUUCUCAGUCAUCAUGUGCAAAUACAGAAACAAAAAAUUCUUCAAAGUUUUCUCCAUUUUACAAUGAAUUAUCAUCAUCACCAACAUUUGUCAAUAUGAAUUCAUCAUCUACGAGCCUUUCAAAUGAAGAAUUUCGAAACAGAACACAGUAUAUACCAAGUUCUCGGUAUUUAUAUAAACGAUACUCAUUAAAUAAUACUCCAACAUAUUAGCACUGUAAUAACGAUACAAAUUUAGUUUGUUUUGCAUUGCUUUUCCUUUUGUUUUAAUAAAUUUUCCACUGGUCCAGGAUUAUGUUUAAGUUGCCUUAAAUAAUACAAUUUUGCCCUACGGACCCUUCCAAUUGCUUUUUUUAAUAGUAUUUUAAUACUUUUGAUUGCAGGACUAUAAAGAUUAAACUUGAUUUCCACUCC